GUGACUGCCGUUCGGAGAGCAGCAGAGUGCUGUAGGAGGGCUGGUGUGUGUGAGGGACGCAGUCACUCGCUCCUCUCUCUCUCUCUUUCUCUGCUGUAGAAAAGAAACGGACUGAGGAGACAGAGCUCCACAUUGCAGCGGCGGGAGCUCAGAUCUUUGCCGGGAUAAACUCGCCGAGGGGAAAGGAGAACUUGCAGAAGCGCUGCGUAAAGACGCACGUAAAGAGUUUUAUCCAACACGGCGCUACAGUCUAACCUAAGAGGGGACUCUGAACCAAGGGGCACGUUUUAUCACCCAAGCUUUUUCUCUCAUUCUCUCUCAUUCGCCACAUCGGAUCUUUUUUAAAAAAAAAAAACAUCAUCAGAGAGAGAAAGGGCAGGUUUUUACACGCGCAAAUCCACUUUCUCGCCGCCCCUCUCUUUGGUUUUCUUUCUCUCCAUGGAUUUAGCGCUCUGAGCGACCGGCUGCAGUGGACUUUGCCCUCCCCCGGGGAUCACAGCUCCUUCCCCCGGUCACCACCAGGAGAGACCGGCAGCUGUCGUUCAUAUUCCAGGGGUCUUGUUUUCUUGUUUGUUUUUUCUUGAUGGAUUUAUAAACUCAAUCACUCCGUGUUGAGCCGGAUACAAAACACCCGAGAGCCGCUCACACAGAAACUUUGCUUUGGGAAAGGAUACAGCGGGAAUACCGGAGCUCCAAAUGAGGAUUUCAAUAUUCGCUCGAGUCGAUCGGGACAAGGAGUGACCCACCACCACCAUCACCAUCACCUUGGUGCCAGUCAUCACGGUGAGGACAGACCGGGAGGAAAGGAAAGGAUCCAGAUUUAGAGACUUUGUGGGCUUCUGAGAUUGCCAAUGCCAGGGACUGGAGUGUGAGGCCCACUCCAGGCUUCCAACAUUUAUCUCUACCUUUUAACCACAAGACACACACGUCACAUCUGGAAGAUGGCGAGGGUCUGCACGUUCUGCGUUCUCCUGCUCUGUUUGGUGGACAAAGUCUCGGCCAGGGCCAUUGACGAAAGACGAACUAAAGAUCUACGGGUCUCCAGACCUCUGAUCGUGCCAGGUUACCCAGAAAACACCACAGCGGUGGUGGGCGGUCAGGCGAAGCUGACGUGUAAAGUCCACAGGCUGGCAUCCACCAAGGUGCAGUGGCUGAAGACGGAGGUCAGCCAGGGAGGACCGCCUCGCCUCAGGGCUCUGACGGCCCUGCAGAGCAACGCGUCCAAGCUCAACACCCUGCAUCUGUCCAAUAUCACUGUGGAAGAUGCAGGAGAGUACAUCUGCAUGGCCGAGAGCACCCAUGCAGGACAGACGGUACAGGCCAUGCAGUCGGCAUGGCUGGACGUCCUGCCUGGCACCAUCAUUUCCCGAACAGUGGAACUGAGUGCUGCUGAAAUCCCACCAGAUGUUCUUGAGGACCUGAGUGAGGAUACCACGGAGCAUCUUCUGCUAGAGCCGGGCAACGUGCUGAAACUGCGCUGUGACAUGAGCACAAGGCCCGGCAUGGCAGUGAACUGGUACAAGGAGGGAGGCCGGGUUCUGCCCACACCCCGCAUCCAGAUCCGUGGCGCCAUCAUGGAGAUCACGGACGUAACAUAUGAGGAUUCGGGUGUUUAUGUUUGUGUUCUCCGGGGAACCAAAGAGCCUGUGAGAAACUUCACCAUCACUGUAACAGACUCAUUGGGGUCGGGAGAUGAUGACGAGGACAACGGCUUGGAGGACUCAUCGGCUGAGAUCGAAAAUGACCAGGUUUACAUCUCAAGAGGUCCCUAUUGGACUCACACCCAGCGUAUGGAGAAGAAGCUGUAUGCUGUUCCUGCGGGCAACACGGUUAAGUUUCGUUGCCCGGCCAUGGGAAGCCCCAUGCCAAGCAUUCGCUGGCUCAAAAAUGGGCGUGAAUUUAGAGGAGAGCAUCGCAUUGGAGGCAUUAAGCUGAGACACCAGCACUGGAGCCUGGUGAUGGAGAGCGUUGUUCCUUCGGACAGAGGAAACUACACCUGCGUGGUGGAGAACAAAUAUGGCUCCAUCUCUCACAGCUACGUCCUCGAUGUCCUGGAGCGCUCCCCCCAUAGGCCCAUCCUGCAGGCUGGUCUGCCAGCCAACACCACAGCAGUGGUGGGCAGUGACGUCCAGUUCCACUGUAAGGUCUAUAGUGACGCGCAGCCUCACAUUCAGUGGCUUAAACACAUUGAAAGAAAUGGCAGCCGCUUUGGUCCUGAUGGCACACCUUAUGUACAGGUUCUCAAGACCGGCAGUCUGAACAUGUCAGAGGUGGAGGUGCUCUACCUGUCCAAAGUUACCAUGGAGGAUGCAGGAGAGUAUACCUGUCUGGCUGGAAAUUCAAUCGGUUUCGCCCACCAGUCUGCUUGGCUGACUGUCAUCUCAGAAGAGGAAGCAGCAGAUGCUAUGGACACCAUUGAGACCAAGUACACCGACAUCAUCAUCUACGCCUGUGGUUUCCUGGCACUGAUCAUGGCCAUCGUCAUCGUGGUUUUGUGUCGAAUGCAGGUCCACCCUAGAAGGGAGCCAUUUGAUGCUCUUCCUGUUCAGAAGCUCUCCAAGUUCCCUCUUCGCAGACAGUACUCAGUCGAGUCCAACUCAUCAGGGAAGUCCAGCGCGUCUCUGAUGAGGGUGGCUCGCCUUUCGUCCAGCUGUUCUCCCAUGCUGGCUGGAGUCAUGGAGUUUGAGUUGCCCUAUGACCCAGACUGGGAGUUCCCCAGAGAGAAUCUAACAUUGGGCAAACCUCUAGGAGAAGGCUGCUUUGGUCAGGUGGUCAGAGCUGAGGCCUAUGGCAUCAACAAGGACAGUCCAGACCAGGCCACCACUGUGGCAGUCAAGAUGCUCAAAGAUGACGCCACAGACAAAGAUCUAGCAGAUCUCAUCUCAGAGAUGGAGCUGAUGAAGGUGAUGGACAAACACAAGAACAUCAUCAACCUGUUGGGAGUCUGCACACAGGAUGGCCCUCUGUAUGUGCUGGUGGAGUAUGCCUCCAAAGGCAGUCUGAGGGAGUACCUGCGGGCCCGGCGACCCCCAGGUAUGGACUACACUUUUGAUGUGACCAAGGUGCCUGAGGAGCAGCUCACCUUCAAAGACCUGCUGUCUUGUGCCUACCAGGUGGCCCGAGGGAUGGAGUACCUGGCCUCUAAAAGGUGCAUCCACAGAGAUUUGGCAGCCAGGAACGUUCUGGUGACAGAGGACAAUGUGAUGAAGAUUGCUGACUUUGGCCUGGCCAGAGGAGUCCACCAGAUCGACUACUACAAGAAAACCACCAACGGGCGGCUGCCGGUGAAGUGGAUGGCACCAGAAGCCUUGUUUGACAGAGUCUACACACACCAGAGUGACGUGUGGUCGUUUGGUGUACUCAUGUGGGAGAUCUUCACGCUGGGUGGCUCGCCAUACCCUGGCAUCCCUGUCGAAGAACUCUUCAAGCUGCUGAAGGAAGGACAUCGAAUGGACAAACCCUCCAACUGCACACAUGAACUCUACAUGAUGAUGCGCGAGUGCUGGCAUGCUGCUCCCACCCAGAGACCGACGUUCAAACAGCUGGUGGAGGAGCUGGACAGAGUGCUGCUGUCUAUCUCUGACGAGUAUUUGGACCUGUCGACGCCCUUCGAGCAGUACUCCCCGUCAUGCGAGGACACGUCUAGCUCCUGCUCCUCUGACAACGACUCCGUUUUUACCCACGAUGCCUUGUCCACCGACCCCUGUCUCCUGGGCUACCAGGAUGUGCGCUCCCGGAUAGACAUGAAGACUGCGCUCCGAUAGGCACUCACACAUAUACACACACACCAACACAACACAACACUGACGGCCAUGCUGAAGGUCCCCAACAGCAUUUCUAAAGUUAAGUUAAAGUUUUUAUUCUUGUCAAUUUUUACAUUGGACCUUCAUUAUGGCACCACACAAAGCCCUUAGAUAUAGGCGGGCAUCUUUUACACACACAUACACACAAAUACACACAUGUGCACAUGGAGCACUGAGGCCGUUGGGCUUCAUUACAUGGUGGAGAUUUGUAGGAAGGCGUUUGACUGUGGGCAGAAGAACGAGCAGAAGAAAAGACGAUAAACAAACAAAACAUGGUACUUUGGACUUUCAGCUCGGGCACUGUACUCAAGAACAGUUGUAACGUUGGAAAACUGCGGCACUAAACACAACAGCAGAGACCCUGGUACUCACAAUGACUUCUUUGAUCAGCUCUUCCUCAGAGAAGCGAUGGACAAUGAUCUCCUCACACAAACUCAACCCAAAACCAGGGCUUGAAACCUCGGUGAUAAAGACAUUUUUAAAAAAUUAUUUUGCUAUGAUAAAAAAAGAAGAAACUGAUUGUUAAAUAUAAAUCUCUCUAUAUAAGAUUAUUUUACUUUUGUGUUGCUUAUUUAAAAAGAAAACGGUCUUAAAUCUCAGGAUCUCUCGUGCUAAGAAGCUGCUGUAACAGCAGCAAAGUGCCUGAAUUUAUGAUUUCCUGUGAAUAUAUUAGAAUAUAAAAAAUAUUGUAUGUACAUAUCAACAACAGAAAGACAAUUGCCUUUUUAUAAAUUAUUCUGAAUGACACACUCACAAAAAAUGAAGGGUAUUGGAGGCGAAAGAAGAGAGGAAUUUUAUCAAGUGUUUCAAGUGCCAAGCCUGUCACAGCUGUCAAACUGUCUUCAUGUUCAAGUUUCAUUCCAAAAUACGACCACACAGAACGUCCUCUAUUAAAUACACUUUCCCAAAUGGGACCUUAAAUUUACAAUUUGUAAUCUGAAUGUAAAUUUAAAAAAUCCAAACACAAUUGGAGUUGCUCCCAAAUCAUGAACUAACAGUAGAUGUUGUUAAAAUUUGGUUUGCAUCAGCAACAACAACUUUUGCAAACAUUGUCUAAAAACCACCCUGUAUUCUGAUUUAUGACCAACUGAGAAACACAAAUUAUCUAAUUUUCCAUUGACAAUUCAAGCCUCAAGUGUUUGUGGUCAAACAAUUAUGGAUUGGGCCUUAAAAGACGGCUUAAAGUUGGGAAAUUUUGGAAUAAAACCCUCCAUUUGUCAUUUUGUAGUGCUGCAGCCUUCAGCCCAAGAAAACAAUUAGUGGGUAAAUGCAAGAAGGAGCCCAGUUAUUGUUGCUGUUGUUGGAUGAAAACCACAAAUUUGCAAAACUCUUUGGACACAAAGAAAGAAAAAGCAAAGUUUCUCACAGGCUUUAAUGUGUUUAAAAUGAGUUUUGAGCAGGUCUCCAAACCCCAAAGGUCACAAGACAGACUCAUUUACAAGUAAAAACAACCAUGUAAACUUUGAGACAACAUCUCGUGGUCUUCCUCUAACAACAGCUUUGCUUGUUCAGUCUUUCCCUACAUUGCUGCUUUGUCAGAGACAGUGCGUCCACGGUGGGACUCACCCUGAAAAGGAGGACUGACGAUUCAGCCCGAGGACUCUGUGGGGAGCUGGCCCAGGCGCACUGUCACUGCUGACAAGGAGAGGAGGGCAGGGAAGGGGAGGUGGGUUUGGGGGGGACACUGAAUGUGAAAGCCAGUGUGAUUGAUUUCAAAUAGAGGAGAAGGGGGAGGGACUCUCCUUUGUUUGGCUGUAACCCUUCACCCAACCCAAUCUGUUGGCGAGGGGUCCUCAGGUCCGCAGCCUGGCCGGACAAUGAAGGCUUUGCAGCCUUAAUGGGUGUGACUACGGACCAGAGGGAGUUUUAGGGGGUGGUGGUGGUGGUGUGGGGAUAGCUUGGGCUUGUGUGCAAAUGAAGAGGCUCUUAUUAUGGUAAUGGUCUCCUCUUCUCUUCCAAAGGCCCCUAUCUUUAUCCAUAGCCACCAUCUUUUAAAUUACAAAUCUUAAUUCACAUUCGCCGCUCUGCCGCUGCCACCAGGACCAGCUGCAGAAAAUUCCCCUGUGGGGUAAAAAUGCCAACUGGGUCCAGGUCUGCCUCCUGAAUCUGACCACAGACAAAACAACUAAAGACACAAACAAAAUAACCAUUGACAGUUGUUGUGUGGAAAGAGACCUUUCUCCAGAUCUUUGAUCCCUCAAAGAUCAACACUUAGCAGUUGGUCAACGGUAAAUCUGCCUGUCAGGAUUCACCAAACUCCAUUCAGAAUUGGGUAAAUUUACUCAUUAAUGCUGGUGAAACACACAACCUCCUUCAGUCUCCUGAAAGAAAUUUCAUUUGGCUAAUAUAGGCAUCACAAGUUGUACUACACCAUUAUUUUCUGGUCCUUUUUCUUCCAGAUGUUGGAAAGAAAAUGUAACUGUUUAAUUCUAAAAUGCUUUAAAUUCGUCACUCAGUCCAUUUUACUGUGCACAAAACCAGUCAGCCAUUUCAUCAAGGAAGGAUUAACGUUAUCUACUCUGCUCAUUUGUUUGCAUUUUGUGACAGCUGGUGUCUCUGAUGGAUAUCUCAUUUUGGGAUGAAGCUCUUGCAUUUACAUGAAGUGUCCGGAUACAAUUUGCAUCUUUACAUUCCAGUUAUCCCAGAUACAAACUGUAACCAAUCACAACGUUCUUACACAUUUCCUCAAGAGAAUUAUUUUAGAAAUAUCUAAUUUAUUUGUUUAUUGUUUUGUUUUUAUAUGAAAUAAAGUAUAAUUUAAAAUAAA